AUGCAAUCCCCGCCGGACUGGCCCCCGACGCCCGACGCCCUGCGACCCUCGCCCUUCCCGCACCCCCUGCUACACGCCCUCCACAGCGUGGGCCGCGUGCUGCUCUUCCCAGCUUACUGGGCCCUGGACCAGCUGCUGGGCUGCUGUGCACCAGCGACGCGAGCAGCCCGCCUGGGGUGGCUGAGAGCGGCGGCGGGCGGCGGGGCGGCGCUGCUGCUGCUGCUGCUGGUCGGCCUGCCCCUGGCACUGCCCGGCCUGCUGCUCUGGCUGCCACUGCAGGCUUGGCGCCGCCCCUUCUGCUACCGGCCCGCUCCGCCAUGUUGGGUGCCGCCUGCGCCUUGGUGCCCGCCCGCUGAACCCGUGCGCUGCUUCGUCUUCCUCUCGGCCAAUCUGUGCCUGUUCCCUGACGGGCUGGCGCGCUUCAGCAACCUGUGGCACAGCCAGCGGCGGGCCGAGGCCAUUGGAGCAGCGCUGCUGGCCGGCCUACGGCCCUCGCUCUACAGAGCUACGGACUGCAGUCAGCCGUGGCCCCGAGCGAAGCGCGGGGUGGUGGUGGCCGCAGUGCCUGCGGGUCUGGAUUUUGUGUGCCUGCAGGAGGUGUUCGAUCUGCGCGCCGCUCGGCGCUUGGUGGGCCGCCUGGCGCCAAAUAUGGGCCCGGUGCUGUACGACGUGGGUACGCUCGGCCUGCAGCCUGGGCCGCACCUCAAGCUCCUGGGCAGUGGGCUGCUGCUGGCCUCACGCUAUCCGCUGCUGCGUGCCACCUUCCGUUGCUUCCCCAACGCGCGUGGCGAGGACGCGCUGGCCUCCAAGGGAUUACUGUCCGCACAGGCGCAGCUGGGCCACCUGGACGGGCGCCGCAUAGUGGGAUUCCUGCACUGCACGCACUUGCAUGCACCGCCUGAGGAUGGGCCCUUGCGCUGCAAACAGCUGACGCUGCUGCUGGACUGGGCGGAGCAGUUUGAGGCCGAGAGCGGCCAGAGUGACGAAGUCGUGGCCUUCAGCGUGCUCCUGGGCGAUCUAAACUUCGACAACUCGAAAUCCUCUCUCUCCGUAGACCAUGAGCAAGAGCAGCGGCACAAGCUCUUCAGCUGCUUCCAGGACCCCUGCCGGCUGGGGACCGGCCAGGAGCAGCCCUGGGCCCUGGGGACGAUACUGAGCACCCGCAAGCUCCACCACUCGGUGGCCAGCUCCCCAGAGAUGCUGCGGAGGGCCCUGGAGCAGGAGAAAGGGCGCCACCUAUACCUGGCAAGCCCUCCCUUGGGAAGGAGCUGGACCAAACCCUGGCGGGGCCGGCGGCUGGACUACAUCACGUACCAUGGAGUGCCCGGGGGCCCGCUGAGUCCAGAAGUGGAACAGGUGAUGUUCAGUACCGCCCUGGCGGGGCUCACAGACCACCUGGCCGUGAGCCUGCAGCUCCGAGUCUCGGUGGCCUCCUAACGCAGGCACACAGAA